GGAGCUCAGUCUGUCUGUCUGUCAGUGGAUUAGUAGAAGCAGAGUGUUAUGCUGUGUCUUCUGUUUUCCACAGAUCAGCGGAGGUAAAGGAACCUUGGCUAGAGACCUUCCAAGGACAGAAUCAAAGCCCCACUGGAGUGAAAUCCACCUCCGGACAGACACCAAUGAAGCUGAGGAGCAGCGUCGAUGCCUCAAAAACACUAAAUGCCAAUAAUAUGGAGUCAUGGAUUGAGUGUCAGUCAGAGGGUGAUAUCAAGGAACAUCCCCUGUUGACAUCAUGUCAGAGUGAAGACAGCAUUUGCCAGCUGAUUGAAAUUAAGAAGAGAAAGAAAGUGUUGUCCUGGCCGUUUCUCAUGAAAAGACUCUCCCCUUCCUCAGAUUUCUCUGGGUCCCUGGAGCCAGAGUUGAAAGUGUCACUAUUUGAUCAGCCUUUGUCAAUUAUCUGUGGUGAAAAUGAUACACUCCCAAGACCUAUUCAGGACAUUCUCACUGUUCUCUGCCUUAAAGGCCCUUCAACAGAAGGAAUAUUCAGGAAAGCAGCCAGUGAGAAAGCCCGCAAGGAACUGAAGGAGGAGCUCAACUGUGGAGGCACCAUGGACCUUGCAGGGCUCCCUGUGCACCUCCUGGCUGUGGUCUUCAAGGACUUCCUCCGAGGUAUCCCCCUGAAACUGCUUUCAUGUGACCUGUUUGAGGAGUGGAUGGGCGCCCUGGAGAAACAGAACGAAGAGGACAGAAUUGAGGCCCUAAAACAGGUUGCAGAUCGGCUCCCCCGCCCCAACCUUCUGCUGCUCAAACACCUGCUCUUCGUGCUGCACCUGAUCAGCAAGAACUCUGAAGUCAACAAGAUGGACUCCAGCAAUCUGGCCAUCUGCAUCGGACCCAACAUGCUCACCCUAGAGAAUGACCAAAACUUGUCAUUCCAGGCCCAGAAGGCCUUGAACAAUAAGGUUAAGACACUGGUGGAAUUCCUCAUUGACAACUGCUUUGAAAUAUUUGGGGAGAACAUUCCAGCUCACUCCCGCCUCACUUCUGAUGACUCCCUGGAACACACUGACAGUUCAGAUGUGUCGACCCUGCAGAAUGACUCUGCCUAUGACAGCAACGACCCUGAAGUGGAGCCCACCAGUGCUAUCCACUCCCCCAGCAGGCAGCCCCAGUUGCCCACUGUCAUGGCUGCUGGCUUGGAUGACAGGCCGUCACAGGAUACCUUUGAGUUUAGCCUAGAGCCCAUCGUUAGCACAGUAGCCAGGCUGAAAAGCGCCAUCAAUCAGCUGGACAGGAGGUUCUCGGAACCCAGCAUGUCACCCACACAAGAGUGCCUUGAGAGCCAAAUGACAAACCGAAAACUAACAAAAAGUGAAGAUGACUCCCUCAUACCCCAGGUAGACUCUCAUUUUGAAAGUGAGAAGGCUAAAGACCCAUUUCCAGAGGAGGUUUUCCCAGCAGCAGAAGGCAAACCCAAGAGACCAGUGGACCUGAAGAUCAAGAACCUGACCCAAGGUUUGGCAUUGCCACAGGGACUGGUACCCAAAGCCAUCUCCAGUGGCUCCUUGGAUGGGUCCUCUGACAGCUCACCUCUGGCUUCUCCUUCCUGUCCCAAAAGAAAUUUCUUCACCAGGCAUCAAUCUUUCACCACAAAGACUGAAAACAGUAAGCCCAACAGGGAAAUUAAGAAGCACUCCAUGUCAUUCUCCUUUGCCUCUCACAAAAAAGUGCUGACCAAAACCCCCAGCUUUGAGUCUGAGAAAGCCAAAGACCUUACCAGAGACCAGGCCAAGAAGGCUUUGAGAAAAGACGGCCAGCUUGCUGGCCGAAUCGUCCAGGAAAAUACAUCUGACAUCCACAGCCAAACAGCUCUGGGCUUCAGCUCACCAUCCUGGGCCCUCUCAAUGGAUGAUGUGUUCCAGCUGGUGGAUGAGAGGAGUCCAAGGAGCCCACCAUCUUACCAAGAGGCCAUGAAGCACCAGGUGUCCAGACUUGAGGCCUAUGGAGGCCAGACAGUUGGAAGUAUGAGAGCAAGAAUGCUCAGCCAGGACUCCAAACUAGCUCCUCUUCUACCUUCUCACCACAAAGGGAAUAUCUACAGUGAGGGGACACUUAGUGGACACAAAUUGUCUCCCACCACUGAGCACUGGAAACAGAGCCAGACGGUCAGUGUCUCUGUGGAAACUCGAAGGAGUCCUGAGCAUCACCAGCUGAGGACCAUGUCUGAGUGUGUCCAGGUGGAUAAGCGGGACUAUCUCAGGCGACGAUGUAGCCAGCCAGUCUUUGACACUGACCAACUUCAAUAUGCCAAAGAAUCCUACAUUUAGGAAAGGAGGACUGGCAACAUGGCCAGCUUGUGGUAUCUCUGUAAAUACAAGAUUGUGUAAAGAACUGCUGUAGAUUCUGUUUUCCAAAAAGUCACAAAUAAGCUCUUUUCAAAGGCCCCAUGGAGCCCUUCUCUGUGGGGACAUUUACACAGUGGUGUGUCACAUAGCAUCUGCAUGUUCCUGUAUUGUGCAAUAUCCAGCAAGUGUAUAAAAUGUAUGAUAGACAAGGCAUUAGGUGCAAAGAAUGUCUUCAGGAAUCCCUGCUCACAUUUGUGUACUUUUGGUCAGUCACUUUUCUUUGUCCCCUGGGGAAAUGUUUCUGUUGGUCAGUCACUUUUCUUUGUCCCCUGGGGAAUGCUAGUGUUGAAAAGAUCAUCUUUGCAUUUUUUUACUGUUGCAUCAAAUGUCAUGCAGAUUUUCAUGUCUUCCACAAACUCUGUUUAGGGAGAAAUGUCUAAAUCUCUGAUAGAAGUUUAUUCUGUGAAGCAGGCUUGUGGUAACUAAUGAUGACAACAGAAGAAAGAACCAGAUUCAGUGUAUGGAGUUGUUGGUGUGAGGAAAAGACCAUAAUGAAAAUUAUGAAAAAUGCUCGCACACAUCAUUUCAGUCAUCUAAUCCAAAUGGACAGGUUGGUGGGAAUGCAUCACAGCCAGCUUAACUCUUUAGAGCACCUUGCGUUCUUUGUAGGCCAGGGGGUCCCAUGCAACAGUGUGGAGGUAGACAAUGUCAUAUGCACCGGGGUCAUGUGUAAAGCUUCAAUGUAAUUUCACUACAAUAAACUGCCUUCCUUAUUCGGAAGAAAAGAAAAGUUCAUUCUUUACGGACAUGUUGCCUUCCUUUUCCUCGGUUAACAGAAAUCCACCAAGAAAAUUAUUUACACAUUGGUUUAUUCAAAAGGCAU